AUGAUUGCGUUGAAGGCGGUCGGGUCGGGCGGGAGGGGGAGAUGGGGGGGUGAGGCGGCUGGGGGAGGGGGAGGAGGGAGGGAGGCGGCAUCUUUGGGCUCGCCGAUGAUAAUGAUAAGGAAGUUGUUUCAGGCCGUGCACUCGUCACAUCUAAUGGUUGUGCAGUGGACCAUGUGGAGUCAGUCCCUCUGCACCAGUGGGGAAUUUGGGGUGGGAGAGGAUGAGAAAAAGUGGGGAGGGAGGGGGGAGGAAGGGGAAGGGGGAGGCAAGAGGCCAGUCCAGCUGACGGCAGGACACCCUCUCGCCUCCUCUUCCUCUGUCACUUCCUAUUUCUCCAGCUCCUCGCUCAUCGUCAACCCCCCCUCGGCCCCCCGCCCCCGUCCCCCCUCCCGGCCGGGCUGA